UUUGCCUCAGCCUCCCAAAGUGUUGGGAUUACAGGAGUGAGCCACUGUGCCUGGCCUGGUUUUUUUCUAAUGUACGCUAAGUUGCUAUGAGUACUAGCCAUAGAGUGGGGUGAGGGGAGAGUAUGAAACACAAAGUGUAGAUUCCACAAAUACUUGCAGAGCACCCUUCUGUAGAGUAGGCACUUAACCUUGGAGAUACAUGAUAAAUAUGUGUGUGCUUAAGAUUGCUUUGUCUAGUAAGGUGCCAAAUAAUUCUAAUACUGUUCUACCACUGCAGUUAAGUACUGGUUCUUGAGGGAACACAGGUGGGCAAUGUUGGGACAUCAAGGAAGGCUUCUUGAAGAAAUGACUUCUGAACAAAAUAAAUUGGAUGUGGUGCCUCUGAGAUGAGAUCUGAGUGGCUGAAAAUGGAGCCCGGGGAGUCCAGAGAGGGAGAAAGCUGGAGAAGUGCCUAGAUGGACGGUUAAGGGAAGUGAUCCUCACCUCUUACAAAGACUUUUGAAUGUCCAUUGCCCUUCAGCAGCUUCCAACCGACAAGUUAUUCAUUUGAAAAGCAGCAGCUAUUAGAUGCCUGGCAAAGAAGAGAAGGGGGAAAAAGUUGGAAGUCCUAAACCAGACAAUAAGUACCAAGCUCUGUCCCUGGUUCUGGGGAAGUUCCAAAGGAGAUUGUAAAGUUAGUAGAGAAAUGGGCCCCUGGUAUCCUCACCUCCCAGUCCUGCUUAACGCUGAGUGUGAGGAGAGAUGGAAGUUGGGGAGAUCUGGGGAGGACCACAGAGAAGGGAGGCUCUGGUUGUCUGCCCAAAGGGCUUGGCUGGUCUUGGGCAGAAAUUGGAACCCAUACUUCCUGGAUGACAGCGGAGGGCAUGGCCUGCCAGGGUAGGCUUUGAGAGAGCAAAAAUUCCAAUUCGAGUAUCAGAGGACGGUGGUGUGAUUCCAAGUUUAGGCUUGGAGGUAGAAGGAUGUUUAGGCAGCCAAGGACUGUAAAGCUACAAGGAUUUCCUAGGCAGGUGUUUGCCUGGUUUCCAGGAUGGGACACACUUCAGUCGCAAAAUGGACCAGCAGUGACCGGCUAGAUCCCCCGCCCGGGUGAGAGGGGGUGGGACGAUCUUGGGAGAAGGGCGGAGGGCGGGACCAGGGGCCACUUAAGGCGGAGUCCGGAGUCCGGGCGUUCUGGCAGCACCAGAGUCCUGCAGCAGAGACGGGCUGGGCUGGCACUCACCCACGAGCCCCCUUCCCUGCUAUGAUGGUUCGUCAGUAGCAGGUCCUAGACGACCCCCCUCCCCGGGGAGCACGUGGGCAGAGCCAGGUGCACUGAGCCACAAGAGCUCUAGGGCACUCUGGGGGCAGCUCUGCCUGCUGCCCUCUCUGGUGCCUGUGGAGAUGCCUAACUGACAGGAGAGUUAGUGAGGACAGGAACGCUCGCUCUUGGCCCAGGUCCGCUGUAUCCAUGGCUCUCCUGACCAAUCUGCUGCCCCUGUGCUGCUUGGCACUUCUGGCGCUGCCAGCCCAGAGCUGCGGGCCGGGCCGGGGGCCGGUUGGCCGGCGCCGCUAUGCGCGCAAGCAGCUCGUGCCGCUACUCUACAAGCAAUUUGUGCCCGGCAUGCCCGAGCGGACCCUGGGCGCCAGUGGGCCUGCCGAGGGGAAGGUGACAAGGGGUUCCGAGCGCUUCCGGGACCUCGUGCCCAACUACAACCCCGACAUCAUCUUCAAGGAUGAGGAGAACAGUGGUGCGGACCGUCUGAUGACCGAGCGUUGUAAGGAACGGGUGAACGCGUUGGCCAUUGCGGUGAUGAACAUGUGGCCCGGAGUGCGCCUACGAGUGACUGAGGGCUGGGACGAGGACGGCCACCACGCUCAGGAUUCACUCCACUACGAAGGCCGUGCUUUGGACAUCACCACGUCUGACCGCGACCGCAACAAGUAUGGGUUGCUGGCGCGCCUCGCAGUGGAAGCAGGCUUCGACUGGGUCUACUACGAGUCCCGCAACCACGUCCACGUGUCGGUCAAAGCUGAUAACUCACUGGCGGUCCGGGCGGGCGGCUGCUUUCCGGGAAAUGCAACUGUGCGCCUGUGGAGCGGCGAGCGGAAGGGGCUACGGGAACUGCACCGCGGAGACUGGGUUUUGGCUGCCGAUGCGUCAGGCCGGGUGGUGCCCACGCCGGUGCUGCUCUUCCUGGACCGGGACUUGCAGCGCCGGGCUUCAUUUGUGGCUGUGGAGACCGAGCGGCCCCCACGCAAACUGUUGCUCACACCCUGGCACCUGGUGUUUGCGGCUCGUGGGCCGGCGCCCUCGCCAGGCGACUUUGCACCGGUGUUCGCGCGCCGGCUACGCGCUGGGGAUUCGGUGCUGGCGCCCGGCGGGGACGCGCUUCGGCCAACGCGCGUGGCCCGUGUGGCGCGGGAGGAAGCCGUGGGCGUGUUCGCGCCGCUCACAGCGCACGGGACGCUGCUGGUGAACGAUGUCCUGGCCUCGUGCUACGCGGUUCUGGAGAGUCACCAGUGGGCGCACCGCGCUUUUGCCCCCUUGCGACUGCUGCACGCCCUAGGGGCGCUGCUCCCUGGCGGGGCCGUCCAGCCGACUGGCAUGCAUUGGUACUCUCGGCUCCUCUACCGCUUGGCAGAGGAGCUGCUGGGCUGAGCGUCCCAGGCAUAGAAACCUCGAAGCACCCGAGCAAACGAGGGCCUGCUGGCUGAGAUGUGGGGGUGUGGGCAGCAGACGAUGCCGACUGGAAGGGAGGGAGAGGGAGGGGGAGGGAGAUAAUGGGGCUAUGCCUGGCUUAGGGGCAACCUUGAACUUAGAGGAGGUGAUCCCGGGUCCUAGGUAGGUGGGGCUGAUGGUGCGCACUCUUUAAAGAGGACUAUUUAGGCUGGGCGCGGUGGCUCACGCCUGUAAUUCUAGCACUUUGGGAGGCCGAGGCGGGUAGAUCACGAGGUCAGGAGAUC